AUGCGUGUACAGUACGCGUUUGUCGUGUUGGCCACCGCCACGGCAGUCAUCCGGGUCGACGGGUACUUCGACGUCUUGUCCAACUUGAACGAUUGCGGAUCGACGGACUUGGACGCGUGCCUCGAACGCCGAUUGGCGCGAUCCAUCGAUGAAGUAUUGGACAAGAACGAGACUUACCGGCUAAACCGGUAUCUGACUGUUACCGCUGUCGGUGACCACCGCCAACGUACUGAAGGCGACGACUUGGCCGCGAGGUUUUUGGACUUUUUCAACGCACUGCAAAUCCAAUACCAACCAGAAGAAGACGACGGAUCGACCGAUGACGUUUCCGAAGGUCGUAAGAAAAAAGGAGGCUUAUACAAGAACAAAAAGCACAAAAUGGGUGUGAUGAUAGGAUUCAUAUCGAUGGGCCUGACCAUCGUCGGUGGUCUGUUCAACAAGAUUAUGAUGGGCGGUGCGAUAUCGAUAGCCGUGAAAGCUCUGAUCAUAGCCAAAAUCGCUUUGCUCCUGGCCGGCACCAUGGCGAUAAAAAAGCUGUUGAGCGGUGGUGGCGUCGGUGUCAGCGUUCACCCUUCGUGGACCGGCGGCGGUGGAGGUGGUGGAAACGAACAGCACAAUGGGUAUCGUAGGAGUUACCCCCCGCCGCAGAGUAUGACCACAGCCGAUGCGAUGGCUUACAGGGAUCAAAUCGACUCGUAUAGCGACGCCCGAUAUUCGGGUAGUCUUGCGACGUAGGUAUAUGAUUAGUCACCAGUGGUGGAUUUAAGGGUUCACAUAUAUAAAGUCGUCAAAUCCAUAAGAGGGGCAUCGUAUAUAAUGUAGCAUAAGAUACUUACGAAAUUGUUGUUUUUAUUAACCUGACCUAACAAUAGUAAAUGAUAUUGCAGUUUGUAAUUUAAAAUGUAUCUAUUAUUUUGUGGUAGCAAUAAUUUAUAAAUAAAUUAACUUUAUAAUUUAGAUGGGCCCAACGCAGUACCUAUAUACAUAUUAGGAGUUAGGAGAGGUCCAAGUCGACAUUUCUCAACUAAACGACCGUUAAAUCUGCUACUUUUAAUCAAAAUAUAUCUUCAAGACAGUAUUAUUAUUAUAUUCCAUACGGACGUAGAAUGGGAAAACCGUCAAUUCGUGACGUCUUGAUGUCUCAGAUGGUGUACACAUAUUUUUUUCAUAAUUUAGACAUUUAACUGAUAAAAAUAUGUGGACAAAAUCGUUUUUGGUAUACAUUUUUUUUUUUUUUUGGUUUCGGUAAUAAAUAAUAAUUAAACAAAUAAUAAUAAUAAAUUAAAAUCGUCUGUGUUAUACGCGUAUAAUACACGAAGGACUAAUAAAUACUAUAAAAACAAUAUCAUUUAUUAUACCUGCAAGACAAAAUCCCACAGAAUUAUCGGCGGACGUUGAACUCAUUGCGUUUGAUGUAUGCAGUAUUCGCAAUUCACAUAUUGCGACGUAGGACAAUUUUUCAGUCAGUAAACUUUAAAAUUGUUGCGGUCUUAUCGUCGCCACUAUACGUUUACAAAUCUUAGAGAAUAUACAUUAUGCAGUUUCACUUCGUUAACAUAAUUAGAUAUGUGUUUAUAUAUUAUUUGUAAUAUUGUAAUAUUAAAAAAUUGUUUUUUUUUUUAAACAGUAAAUAAUGAUUGUUUUUAGAACUCAAUAAACAA